ACUGCGUGUGACGUAAGCGAUGAGCAACCAAUAGCAAGAUACAUAUGCGCAGCACAGUUGCGCAGUUGCAAUGUGAGGAGCGCAGCCAUUACACAUGGUCCUAAAGCUUUGCAAACCGUCGGCCAGAUUACAUUGCUUUAACACUUUUUUUGUGCAAAAAUCUUCCAAAUAUACCGAUGUUAGCUCAAAUUUGGGGAGUUUUAUACAUUUAUGCGCAGGAAAGUUGUGAAGCAACCUGGUUAGUAAAGUAUUGCCAGGUUCAGCGUGUUUGCUAGUGCCAGUAUAGGUUCACGUUUUGCGGAUAUUUUUCUUAUCGCAUACACGGUUUAAUUUACAUCAAAUAGUCGUGUAAUAAUGGGCACACCUCUUAGAAAUGAAUCGUCUGCAGAUAGUUGCGAUGACCUCACAACUGCAACCGACUCGACUGCAAUCUUGUCUACUGCACGAGCUUUACAGCCAGGAGAGCAACUAAAGGCCCCAACUCCUGUUUUGCUUUAUGUUAACAGUGCUAUAUCAUCACCCUCAAUAUUCACCAAUAGAGACAAUAAAGUCCCUCAUGGUGGUCAUGGAACUGAGGCAGUUUCGACAUCAUCUGAGUUUUCCCAUGGUGCUAUUGUGCACCUCAUUGAAGCAAUGCAAAAGUGCAAGGAUGUUUAUAGCUCCCGUGAGCGCGCACUUCUCUUCCAGAGUGUUCAGAAAGAACUGGAGAGCCACGGUUAUUCCUUACCUAUAGAGAAGAUUCGUCGCAAAUGGAACAACCUCAUUGUUACGUACAAGAGGGUUAAAGAUCGUAGCUCAUUGUGUGGGGGCCCGACAAAGACCUCAUGGGAGUACUUUGAGAUGAUGGAUAAUAUUUUAGGGCAAAACAGAUUUGUUCAGACAAGCCCUGCCUCAGCCACUUUUGUUGGAUUUGCAACCACAACUAAAGCCACUGGAAAAUCCACGGUACGUUCAUCUAACAGCGUGCCAGUGGCUGCAAUGACCACCCCAUGUCUGCUUCCCAGUGGCAUCAUCACAACAUCUUCCCAGAUCCCUACAGUGGUGACUUCCCCAGUACUGUGCAAGGUUACCCCCAAAUCAAAGCCCAGUACCUCUUGUAGCACAGACACACCAUUUCCCGCCAUCUCAAGUAAGCCAUCUUCACUGGUAAGCCGUCAGCCGCUGAAACGUAAAUUAAGACAUCUUCGGCUCAACUCAAUGGCUACGCGGGCAGCCCAGCACAAUAGCCAAGCUGGGGAACGCACUUCGAUGCUUCGUAAUUUUCUCAGCAGUCAAGAAGAGCGUACUGAGUUAGAGGAGCAACGUCAGUGCAAGAUAGAUGCACGAGAAAGGCGCAAGGAAAAAAGUGCACGUGUGAUGGCUGAUGCUAUGGGAACGAUGGCAACGGCACUGGAGUUGAUCUCAUCUAAGCAGGAUACCAUUAUCGCUCUACUUCAGAGACUCGCUGACAAGCAUUAAGAAAAAUAUCACCUUCCUGUUUCUCUUAUUUUUUUAUAUUACCUAAAUGCUGAAUUGAGUUUCAUUUUAGUUGCAUUUUGAAGUGUAUAUGCUAUCAAAAUUCUUAAGUAAUCAUUAAGUCUACAUUGUAGAUAUGAAUUUUUUGGCCUGUUCAGAAAGCUUGAAGUAAUAUAGUCUAUAAAAAUUCAUAAAUAUACUUAAUACAUGUAUUUUUAACUUGUUAACAAUAUGUUCAAUGCAGAACAUAGUUAGAACUUAGAUUAAGAGAAUAUUAGGUCAUAUGUUUGUUAACUAAAAUACUGGUUUACACUUUUCAAAAUAGUUUAAAAUAAUAAACGAGUGAU